UGAGCGGUGUGUGCGGCGUUGGCGGUGAGGGGCCGUGAGGGGCGGCGGGCCCGGGGCGGCUCCUCGGGCCUCGGCACCGAGCGGGGCGCGCUGGGGAGGCCCUGGAUGGGGAGGAUCUAUGAAGCUCCUGCUGCUUGCCGUGUUUGCCCUGGUGUCUGUGGCUCGCUGCGAGGACGGUGCCAGGCUGCUGGCCUCCAAAUCCCUGUUGAACAGAUAUGCAGUGGAGGGCAAGGACUUGACUUUGCAGUACAACAUCUACAAUGUUGGCUCCAGUGCUGCCCUGGAUGUGGAGCUGUCGGAUGAUUCCUUCCCCCCAGAAGAUUUUGGCAUCGUCUCUGGCAUGCUCAACGUCAAGUGGGACAGGAUUGCUCCAGCCAGCAAUGUGUCCCACACUGUGGUUCUACGGCCUCUCAAGGCUGGCUACUUCAACUUCACCUCUGCCACCAUCACGUACCUGGCACAGGAGGGUGCCCAGGUGGUGGUUGGCUUCACCAGUGCUCCUGGGCAGGGAGGAAUCCUGGCUCAGCGUGACUUCGACAGGAGGUUCUCCCCUCACUUUCUGGACUGGGCGGCAUUUGGUGUGAUGACCUUGCCCUCCAUCGGGAUCCCCCUGCUGCUCUGGUACUCGAGCAAGAGAAAGUAUGACACCCCCAAGAGCAAAAAGAACUGAGCAGAGUCCAGUGCCAGGGCAGCCCAGAGCUCAGGAAAGGACACCUCUGGAGCCCCAAGAACAGCAGCAGGGUCGGGGUGGCACCGUGCCCUGCAAGGUGCUGCUUGUGCCAUGCUGCAGCCCCUGGGCAAAGGAUUCUGGGGCUGCAGCAGCAGCUGUGAGGUGUCCUCUGUGUUCUAACGGAGAAACAAACAGAAAAAAGAACAACCAGAAGUCCCAAACUCCUUGUCCAGCCCCUUUGGAGGCAGAACCCCUCUCUCCUCUGCAGCUGCAGCUUGUUACUGCCCAGGGGGGGCUGUCUGUGGGGCUCUGCCCCCUGGGCUGCUCCUGCUGCAGUUUUCUGCAGGGUAUUGUGGAAAACAUGGUCACUCCCCUGUGAAAAUACAAAAACUUUAAUAAAGGACAAUAGCAGACAAGGA